AUGUCCAACCUCCCACCGAGAGGUCGGGGCGCAAGGCCCCCCGGGGCGGUUCCUAGGAGCCGUCGUGGGGGGGACUCGGGCUCCGCACCACCAGCAAUACCACCAUCGGUCGCUGGCUCAUCGUCCUUUGGCGGUGAUGCCUCGCCAAUAUCGCCAGACCCUACCUCGACUAGGGCCACAUACUCGACAGUUGUGCCAGCUCGAUCUCGCCACACGUCGCCCCACCGCAGGUCCCACUCUACCACGGGUUCCGCCCAUUCGUCCACAGAUGAGUCUGACUCAGGGACGGCCCAACCCCAGGAGAUGGAGGUAGAGGGCACUCAGGGAGGGGAGGAGGUCUCGAGGGACCCCUCUGUCGACCUUCUCUUAGGUCAAUACGCCUUGAAGUUCCGAGACACGGUCGAGGAUCUUCCUGGUGAUCUUGAGGUAUUGACCACCUCCAUUGCGAAGGCCACAGACUGGGUUCUGCGGGCCGCGCACCACAAUCCGCUCACCAUUGAUGGGGGCGAUGCCUUUGUGGCCCAGAUGACGUCCUUUGUGAACGCCGUCAUGGCCACCGACUUUAGUCGUAUUCGCGGACCAGGCGAACUCGACAACUUCUCACUCGCCUCCCUCCUCGAGGCCGAGACGUCUUCCAAGGACGAGCCGACCAUCCACCCGGCUCCCGUAUUCAGGCCUCCUCCUCGUGCCGCCCGUGGGCCGCUCGACGAGGGUGUCGCUGGCGUAGGGGCCCCGCCCGACGUCCUCAUGCAGGCUUUGGACGACCUUGGUCGUCCGGCCUCCCCUCCUCGCAUCCCCGCUUCUAAGAAGCGCAAGGGUGUUGAUCGCCCGGUCCCACCUCCUCCUCAGAAGAAGAGCAAGGUGGCCUACUCUCGCCCUGGUCCGCCUCCGCCGAUCAAUCGCGCCACCAAACCCAAGCCCCGUCCAACGACGUGGGCAGGGAUUGCCAAACAGGCCGCUCCGAUGCCUCCCCCGCCUCCUGGCUUGGGACCGCAACGGCGUGGGCCUUCCCCUCCCCCCUCAUUCCCAAUGGGUCCGAUGAAGACUUCACCUCAUCGGUCCGUUCCUUCUUUCACUUCCGAGGGCCCCACCCGGAAGCAGGUUCUCGUGUCAUUCGGGGGUACCCCCCCUGACCUCACGAAAUUCUUCACCGAGUCGGCUGUCCGUGCAGCCAACGGGUACCUCAGGGAUGGUCGAUCUAUGCUAAAGGUCACCUCCAUCGUCCGCGCCUACGACGGUUUGUCGUUGGUCACCCCCGCCGUUGCCAGCCCGUCCGAUUUGGACGUACUGCACAACUUUAUUCGCGAAAGCCUUCCAACGGGUACUCCGGUUGAAGAUACCCAGGAGGCGCUUGAAAAGGCCCUCCAUACCUCAGUUCACGCUGAGGUUUUCGCAUAUCUGAGCACCAAGCCUCGGAUCGACCGCAACUCGGCGCACUCAACAUCCUGCACCGUCUACUGCAACAUCUGGGAUUCCCAGCAGGGAACCCAUGCCAAGAAGGCCUUAGGCCAACCGAUCUUCCUCGCUGGACGGUCCUGCGCAAUCAGGCCGCUGCACGUCACACCGGGGUCCCGCUAUGCCAGCGCUGCUGGAAGUGGGGCCACCCCACCGUCGCCUGCAAGGCGAAACAACUCUCUUGCCCCAUCUGCACGGGCCCACACGAGCAGAAGGAGCACCGUCAACAUGUGGGAUGUUGCAAGGGCAACGCGAAAGCGAAGCCUCCUGUGCCGCCCACCCCUCACGACCAGCCCUGCCCCCACAAGGGCCGCUGCGUCAAUUGCCACAAGGACCACGCCGCCAACUCGGCUUCGUGUAAGUUCUGGGCCCAUCGCUACGACCGUGAGUGGAUCAUGGCCGAGUAUCGUCAGACUAAUGUUGGGAAACCUUCAGGAUCUAAGUAGUGGGCUUCGUAUUUACUGUCAGAACGUUCGCCAUACCUAUGCACACGUAGACACCCUUCUCGAAAUUUGUAUAAACAGAUUUGAUAUUCUAUUUUUCCAAGAAACCCCUUGGAAUUUUAUAAGACACGCACCGUCCACCACUAGUAUGGAGGGCGAUGAGGUUAUCGGCGCACCAAAGCAUCCAGACUGGCUGCAGAUGGUGCGCAUCAAGGAAGGGGAAAUUCCCCGCGUGAUUGCCUACGUUUCGACUAGGCUCUCCCGCUAUCGUCCCGCUAUGCGUCGCGACAUCCUCGUCCUCUCCCUCUUCAGUGGGGCCAUUGAGCACCUCGCUACUCGUGUGCAUUCUCUACCACCUUUCAUUUAUAUGGCUGGUGACUUCAACUGCGUGUCGACGACUUGGGAUGACUAUGAGCAUGGCGAGUCGUCGACGGCAAUAUCCCUGCGGGAUACCGCAUCUCAGAUCGGCCUCGAGUGGGCACGACCUACUAACCAUGGACCGACGCGGAUCAGUCCUAAUCCAAACCAGAGAUCCAAUGUUUUGGAUCUUGUAUUCUUAGCUCCAUCUGAGAUCCUCAUCUCGAUGCCCAGAUUGGAGCACGAUCUCCAGGGUCCGUCAGAUCAUGUCCCGAUCUGUACGGAUCUUGAUAUCGGUCCCGAACCGCCCGGAUCUGGGCGACGGUUGAGCCGCUCGCUCGCUGAUUACAACAAGUUUAAGAAGGCGUGUAAGGACACCAAACGUAAUUUCUUCGAUGAAUGUAUCGCAGAAAUCGCUACCUCUCGCAAGCGCCCGUGGGACCUAAUGGAGUGGGUCAAACAGCGCAAGCCACCACCCUGUGAGGCUAUUCGCAAUGGCGACCAGCCUUGCCACGAUAUGGACGACCUUUGGGACGCCCUACACGGCACGUACAACUCGGCCUCUGGUCGCGAGUACAAUGCUUCAGUCUUAGACGAGCUUCCUGAUGAGCCAGUCCGUGAGUGGGCUGACUUUUCGGAGCAUGAGUUGUUGAGUGCCCUUAAGGGGUGCUCCAACUCCUCUGCACCAGGCCCGGACCACGUCACAUGGGUCCACCUAAAGGAGCUGCUCAAGGAUAAACACGUCCUUGCGCUCUUCAUCGUGUUGGCCAAUGCUUGCCUUCGGGUGGGUCAUUGGCCACGUAUAUUCAAGGAGUCGCUAUCGGUUAUCGUUCCGAAGCCGAACAAGCCCUCCUACUCCGUGCCGAAGGCCUUCAGGCCAAUCGUACUCCUCAUCACUUUCGGUAAACUUAUCGAAAAGAUGAUUGCCAAUAGGAUACAGUUUGACGCUGUCAAGCAUGAUAUCUUCCAUCCCAACCAACUUGGCGGCAUCCGCCAGAGGUCAACUGAGGAUGCUGGAUUGAUUCUGACCCAUCUCGUGCGAGCGGGGUGGGUUAAGGGUCUCCAGACUAGCGCGCUGGCUUUUGACAUCGCGCAGUUCUUCCCUUCUAUUAACCAUGAGAUGUUCAUGGCUGUUCUUCGCAAGCAAGGGUUUUCGCCUGUUCUGGUGGAAUUCUUUGCCUCUUACCUUGUAGGCCGAUCCACAGUUUACUGUUGGAACACCUUCCAAUCCGACUCACGGUCUGCGGAUGUGGGUGUCGGGCAGGGCUCUGCUCUCUCGCCUGUUAUCUCUGGGCUGUUCAUUGCUCCGGUAAUGAAGCUCUUCUAUAUCAAAGCAGCGCCACUCAACAUGACGCUGCUGUCUUUUGUGGAUGAUGGGACCAUUCUGGCCCAAUCCAAACAACUUGAUGAUAAUAAUGUGGGCCUGCGUAAGGCCUACAAAAUUAUCUACCUUCUCUUUGUUGCCUUCGCGCUCGUUCUUGAACACGACAAGACCGAGCUGUUUCACUUUUCGCGUCGUCGAGAUGCCUACAAUCCCUCGCUGGAUUUGGGGUACGCCCCUCAUACCGGCGCCACACCUUUGAAACCUAAGACCUAUUGGAGGUACUUGGGCUUCUACUUUGACCGCGGGCUCACGUUCCAUGAGCACGUUCGCUACUACGCCACCAAGGCGUUUACCACCGUGCAAGCCAUGCGCAUGCUCGGGAACUCUACUAGAGGUCUAUCGCCUAAACAGCGCCGCCUCUUAUAUCGAUCGUGUGUGGUCCCUAUUGCCACAUACGGUUAUCGUCUCUGGUAUUUUGAUGGCGCCCGCAAUAAGGGCGCGAUGAACCAGCUAAAACGGAUGCAGCGAAAAGCUGCUCUAUGGAUCACGGGUGCUUUCCGCACCUCACCCACAGGCGGUCUUGAGGCCCUCGCUGGCCUCAUCCCCGUCCAUCUCAUGCUGAAGAAGUUGGCGACGUGCGCAGUGUAUCGCGUCGCCACCCUUUUGGACACCCACCCUCUUUGCUCCAUGAUGGGUGAGGGACUCCUCAAGCGAGCCGCACCACACGCUCGCUCCGCUGCCUUGAUGACCCCAGCCAUGCGAGGGAAAGUCAAGAGCACUGUCAUGGAGGUGGACGAGCACGUCCACACCUUAACUGAGAGCUUCGAGCCUUUUGCGCCCGAAGCUCGCCCAGGCGAUCGGUUACUGGACCGCUAUGCGGACCGUCUCCGCUUUGACGAACGUGAUCCUACCCAGGAUAGGCGUCCAUAUCUAGACGAGCUCAUCGCGAGAGCGAGGGCCGACCCACUAACAGUACUGGCUGCAACUGAUGGCUCUGUCCCUCAGUCCAACCAGUAUCAGGCGGCUUCGGCUGCUAUAAUCUACAAGGGACAUCGCGAGCUCGAAAGGACGCGCUAUGUCUCUGGCAGAGUUACCGCCCCUGAUGCGGAGCUCAAUGCCAUUUCGUGCGCAGUGCGCCUUGCUGUCAAGCAGGCAAACUGCCAACAUAUUAUGGUCUUUACUGACUCUAUGGGCUCAGCCCAUAGAGCGGUCGACCCCGGCGUGCAUUCUGGUCAGGCUUUCAGCCUGUCAGUUUGUCGCGUUCUUAAAGAGUGGUUUGAGGCGGACGAUCUCCGUCGCGUAACCUUCGUUUACGUCCCUUCUGCUCUGCGGUGGGACAUUCAUGGUGAAGCACACAAGUACGUCACCGAGCUCAAAGUCAGGGUUGGACGUCGUAAGACGGACAACUCUAUAGACGCGCUACGCUCUCGAGCGGCGCACUCAGUCCUGGAUUCGUGGAGUUCCACUUUCCAGGAUCCAACUUACCGAGGCUCUGAAUUUUUAGAGCUUCAACAGCCUGACGGGCGGCCGCUACAGCCAUCGUACCUCAAUGGGGGACCUUGGCUUUCAACUUUCGGACACAGUAUUACUGAGUUCACUCGCGUUUGCCGGUGCAUAACUGGCCACGCGCCCAUUGGAGCGUAUUAUCGUCGCUUCAAGAUCAAUGAGCCUCACGGCUGCACUUGCGGGGCUGCUUUGCAGUCCCGCCAGCACAUCCUCUUUCGCUGUCGCGAUAGAUAUUCUGUACACUAUCCCCGGUUUCUCGGGGAUAUUGCAUCGUUUAUGAAGUACAACCCCACCGCAUUUGGCUUCAACUGA